CCAUACCCGCCGCAAGGAUACCCACCUCCAGGCCAGCCGUACCCGGCUCAAUACCCUCCGCCAGGCUAUCCUCCAGGAGCUUACGCGGCGCCGCCUCCUCAGCAGGCACAAGCGUACUACGCAUCUCAAGGUCGACAGCUAUUUGUUCAGGCGACACUCGCUCCAGGUGGCUACGCGGCGCCGCAGCCACAGUACGUCGCGUACCCUGGUGUCGCGUACGGCGGCGGCUACUACAACAAGAAAGGAAAAUUCAAGCGCUACAAGCACAAGCACAAGGGCUUCAAGUUUAAAUAG